AUGAUCGCUCCGGACGUUCAUCGUUUUGACAAUUUCGGCUCUAUCAUCAUAUCGAGUGAUCCUGAAGAAGCCAUAGCUACCCACGACAAAACUUUCGCUGAACUGUCUAUCAGAGAUGGUGACAACUUGCAAUGUGACGAUUUCAUGCAGAAUUUCAAAUUUAAGCUAAUCGUUCAUCAUAACCGAAAUUUGUCGUCAGAGGAUUAUGAAAUGCUCGCAUCCGUUGGUUCUCCAGCACCUGAAGAAGAAAAUAUGGAGGGCGGAGCAUCGCGUUUUCUUCCUCUUUCGUUCAGAACGGGUUGCAAUUCCAUUCCUGAUUGCUCUCUUCUUCGUCGUUUUGUCAACAUUCGGCAGCCUUUGUCGUUCUGCUCCGCCUCUGGCUGCCAGAAGUCGAUGAGCAAGUUCUGA